AUGUCACGAUAUCCGUUCACGUUUGAUGACACCUUCGACGAGGACCUUGACAAUACUCUUGACAGAGCAUUGUUAUCAGUUCCGCAGCAGCGACAGCUGCUGCAACUGCUGGCGCAAAUAGCCAUGGCGAGUAUGUCUAAUCUUGACGUCCGCAAACAACUGAGCCUGGGACGUAACCUGAUACUGGUCGAGACUCAUGCACCACUCCUACGAAGAAAUACAAGCUCAGCGUCAUUGCAAAAGUUACGCGAUCAUGAUAGAGCCCGAGCGAUACAAAUAUUCUUCCAACAAUUAUGGGCUCGUAUUACCAGAAAACGAGGAAUUCAAAUCAAUUCGGAACCUCAGGAGCGAAUCAUUCGUCAGGGUGUACAUGGCUAUCCUAAUAAUGCCGUCUCCAACGCCAAAUACAAUCCAGUGACAUUUAUACCGCUUAUCUUGUACGAGCAGUUCAAGUUCUUUUUCAACUUGUACUUUUUGAUGGUGGCAUUAUCCCAGGCUAUACCACAUUUACGGAUCGGUUAUUUGUCACUGUAUAUUGUUCCGUUGGCCUUUGUUUUAACCGUCACAAUGAUGAAAGAGGCUGGGGACGAUAUAGCUCGUCGGCGUCGAGACCGCCAGCAGAAUAAUGAGCUUUACGAAGUUCUAGUUACUGGUCUGCUCUCGGGUGAGCCGCGUAUGGUUCAUUCGAAGGAUUUAUCCGUGGGUGAUUUUGUUCGCGUUCACAAAGGUAAACGUGUCCCUGCUGAUAUGGUACUUUUGCAUACAUCAGAAACGACUGGAGAAACUUUCAUAAAAACCGAUCAACUUGAUGGUGAAACUGAUUGGAAACUCAGGGUGGCUCCCCAAGUUACUCAGCAAGUUGCUUCUAUCGACGAUCUUAUAACCAACGCAGAGGUUGUCGUGCCUCCUCCGGCAAAGCUGAUUCACUCGUUCACGGGUAAGCUCAGUUAUGAGAAUACUGUGGCGGCAUUGCUGAUUGACCAGACUUUGUGGGCCAAUACCGUUCUUGCUCUGGGUACCGCUAUUGGCAUGGUGGUAUAUACCGGUCCUGACACUCGCCAAGCUAUGAACACAACCAAGACUGGGGUCAAAACGGGGUUGCUUGAGCUUGAGAUCAACAGUAUUUCAAAAUUGCUUUGUGCCACUGUCUUCAUCUUGUCGGUGGUUCUUGUCUUAGCGCAUGGUUUCCCUCUUGAAAGCAAUUGGUAUCUAGACAUCAUGCGCUUUCUCAUUUUGUUUUCCACGAUUAUUCCGGUUUCUCUUCGGGUCAAUUUGGAUCUUGCCAAAUCAGUUUAUGCCAAUCAAAUUCAGAGCGAUGAUGAUAUUCCAGACACGAUUGUGCGGACGUCGACAAUCCCUGAGGACUUGGGUCGCAUCGAGUAUUUACUCAGUGACAAGACAGGCACCCUCACACAGAAUGACAUGGAAAUGAAGAAGCUCCAUCUCGGUACUGUAAGCUACGCUGGUGAAACCAUGGAUAUGGUUCUGGAGUAUGUGCGCAACAUGACCCCUUCCGAUAGUAAAAAGCGAGAUUUAGGGCUGCGUGUUUGCGAUCUCGUGUUGACUCUUGCACUUUGUCAUAACGUUACUCCUACCUAUGAUGAUGUUGAUGAUGAAAUCAACGGUCUUGUCACGUAUCAAGCAGCCUCGCCGGAUGAAAUUGCAAUUGUACAAUUCUGUGAAGAAGUUGGUCUCAAGCUUGUGAAAAGGGACCGUAAUUUGAUUACCUUGAUGCAUUUGCCUACUAAUCGGCAACUUAAAUUCAAAGUUCUUUAUAACUUUCCAUUUAACUCGGAUACGAAACGUAUGGGUAUUCUUGUUUGUGAUGAGCAAACCAAUGAGUUGUGGUUUUUACAGAAAGGUGCUGACACGGUAAUGCUGAAAAUUGUCCAAGCUAACGAUUGGCUAGAUGAAGAGACAGGUAAUAUGGCACGUGAGGGUUUGCGGACGCUCGUUAUUGGACGCAAGCGUAUUACACCUCAACAAUUCGAAGACUUUGAGGAGAAAUACAAGGAAGCUCUGAUAUCCAUGAUUUCGCGAGACACUGCCAUUCAAAAAGUAAUCAGCAAAUACUUGGAACAAGAUCUUGAAUUGUUGGGUUUGACCGGGGUAGAGGACAAACUUCAGCCUAAUGUCAAGCAACUGAUCGAAUUGUUGAGACAAGCUGGUAUAAAGAUUUGGAUGUUGACCGGUGAUAAAGUUGAGACUGCCAGAUGCGUACUGAUUCUGGCGCGACUUAUUUCUCGUGGUCAGUAUGUUCAUCAAAUUACGAAACUAAAUGAUUUAAGUGGAGAUGAAGCUGCCCUCACUCAAUUGGACUUUUUGCGUAACAACCCCAAUGCUUGCUUGCUCAUUGAUGGUGAACUGUUGGGUUAUUAUAUGCUGUUUUUGCGGGACGAGUUCUUUACAGUGGUAAAACCCUUGCCGGCUGUGAUUUGUUGUCGUUGUCUGCCUCAACAAAAGGCGGAUGUUGCUAUGAUGAUCCGCCAACUCGCUGGGAAACGAGUCUGUUGUAUUGGUGACGGGGGUAACGAUGUCAGUAUGAUUCAAUGUGCUGACGUAGGUGUGGGCAUUGUUGGGAAAGAGGGUAACCAAGCAUCUCUUGCUGCUGAUUUCAGUAUUUUGUCGUUCUCUUACCUUUCUAAAUUGUUGCUUUGGCAUGGACGCAAUUCAUACAAACGCUCAGCGAAGCUCGGUCAAUUUAUCAUCCAUCGUGGGUUACUUAUCUCAGUGGCUCAGGCAGUAUUCUCAAUAUCGUCCCUGUUUGAGCCAUUGGCUCUUGUUCAAGGAUGGUUGAUGGUUGGUUACGCCACCGUGUACACGAUGGCACCAGUUUUCUCAUUAACGCUUGAUACUGAUAUCGAUGAGCAUUUGACGAGACUUUAUCCCGAAUUAUACAAGGAAUUGACUUUGGGGAAGCUGUUGCUGUACCGCACAUUUUUUAUGUGGGUUUUGAUUUCUCUCUGGCAAGGGUGCGUUAUUCAAAUUUUGAGUCAAUGGUUCCAAGGGUACGAUGAAAAGGCAUUCAAGUCCAUGGUUGCAUUGUCGUACACCUUGCUCAUUAUCAAUGAGUUGGUUAUGGUGGCAUUGCUGGUCAAUAGAUGGACAAAAAUCAUGGCAGCGCUGUGUAUCAUCACUGGAUUGAUAUACGUUGCGCUGGUGCCAUUCUUGGGCGAAUAUUUCAAUUUAGCAUUUAUGACGACUUUAUCGUUUUAUUGGCAAUUGGCGCUAAUUCUUGCGGUUAGUUUGUUCCCGGUGUGGUUAUCGCGUUACAUCGAUCGCAAGUUGCGUCCUCCUUCCUACGCAAAAGUGCAACAAGAUUAA